CAAUUAGGGUUCCAUGAUAUCGUCCUUCGGAGAAUUGAAUUAUGGCUUUACACUGUUCACAGUCAGCCGCCACACCAAUGAAGGAAAACCGAGGAAGUGUCAGUGCCAAUGGCCACACAAACGACACAAAACACCAAACGAUUGUCACAACGUAUUCUACAGCUUCCCGGACUGUAAUGAACAUCAACAGCAAUAACGUCGGUGACGAUAAUGAUAUCGAAUUGCAGACAACUCAACAUUCUGAUCAACCUCUACAUGAAGGUUGGAUAUUGACCUCGCGUGAAUGGUGGAUGGUGGGCUGCUUUGUUGUUAUGACCAUGAUGGUUACCAUGGAUGCUUUGAUAGUAAUCCCGAUUCUUCCAGAAAUCGCAGAGAAAUAUCACUCCAGCCCAUCGAGAGAUACGACGUGGCCUAUUACUGUCUAUACUCUCGCCAAUGCAACCCUGCAACGCUGCUAUGUUUCUCUAAUGGAAAUCUUCGGCCAGAAAAACAUUCUCAUAGGAGGGCUAUCUAUGUUUACUAUAGGCUUGAUUCUACUCUCAGCUUCACCUUCACUGUUCCUGGUACUGUUAGUCGGCCGUGGUAUCCAAGGGGCUGGUACAGCAGCAAUGAUCUCAAUUCCUUCCGUCAUGCUGAUGGAUUUGAUUUCGGGACGACGCAGGACAAUCUACAACUUUGUCAUAUUCUUCGGCGGCGCGAUUGGUGCGGUCCUGGGACUGGUCUUGGGUGGGCUGUUCAUGAGGGAAGGCUCCUGGAAGUGGAUAUUCUAUAUUUCACUUCCGUUCUGCUUUAUGCUACUUCUCGUGACUCCUUUCGCUGUCCAGCCAAUUGGAGAAUCCCUGAAGUCAAAGAAGAGAUUAAUGAAUGUCGACUGGACUGGCAUGUUGCUGUUCUCUGCUAGUAUGGCUGCACUACUGCUCGGUCUUACGUGGGCUUCGAGUCUUCAGAAACAGCUUAAAUGGGAAGUGCUUGUGGCGCUCGUUGCUGGAGCCUUUGGGAUCAUGGCUACAAUGGUAUAUGAGACGUCAGGAGCAUCACGGCCAUUUUUGCCCGUUAUUGUUUUAAAGGUAUCUCCUGUCACAUUUGUAUGUGUGCUGGUACAAAGCCUUUUGAUUUCCGUACAAUUAGUCUAUAUUCCCGCAUACCUUCGAGGAGUACAUCAUUUGUCAUCUACUUCCAUUGGACUCAUUCUAAUCGCAAUGCUCGCGACCAUGCUUCUAGUCAAUGCUGGCGUUGAUUUUGUACCUACCAAAAUCUAUCAUUAUCGAUGGCCUCUGUGGCUCGGAUGGGCACUGAAUAUUAUAUCCUCUGCAAGCACGGCUUUGUUUAAUACGCGUACAACACUUCGAGUCUGUGUCAUUGUUAUGAUUGUUAUGGGUUUGGGUCACGGUAUCACAAUAUCUGCCACUCACAUGGCUCUUCAUAACCUGUCAAGGGGGGUACACCCACAGCGUGAUACAGCAUUGAUAGCAAACUUUGUUCGAACGGCAGGAUUUUGCUUAGCAAUUGCCAGCGCAGAUUCGGCUUUUCAUACCCGAAUGAGUAUACACAAUAGACACCACACUGCUGCGCAAGCCUAUGCGUUGAGCUUUCAGGAUUUGAUGCGUGUUUUGACCGCUUUGGCCGGAUUCGAAUUCAUGUUAUUCGUUAUGUGCGCAUAUACUGGAGGCAGGAUCUUAGGGAUCAACACCUGGUAUCUUGUUCUUUGGAUGCCGGAUAAAAAGAGGGCAAAGUUGACAAAGCUUGUGAUGUACACAGCAUAUACACACCAGGGUUGUCGACGUCACACUGUACGAUCCACAAACAAACUAGCAGAAUUGCUUCGCUAUAACUUUCUUCCUACCGUACUCGCCCCUUUUGAAAACCCAAAAGUGGGUGCAGUCGAGACGAGUAAACGUGCGCUUCGUAUUGAGAAGGACUUUACAACAGCAGCCUUCUGGAAGAUGCUUGGUGUCAUGUAUCUUGAACGCCAGGAUUUCGACGUCAGGGCAAAAAAAGCGCUUGAUGGUGGUCUAUUCGUCAACUCCGGAUGGACUUCUGCUCAUCGCACCUCAAUCUUGCAGUCUCCUGGUUUCCUAAAUGGAUAUUUGAAUGAGUUGCUCUUCUUCCGCUUAUUUGGUCCUCUCAAAUGUGAAGAUGAUAAUUACAUCAGACGAACUUUUGUUGAUCGAAAUCGUGCCAAGGCUAAAGUCUUUUCAGCUGCUUUCACCAUCCCAUUAUUCGGGACGACGACGAUGAUCUUCCUUGAAAAUUUUGAGAAUAGACGACAAUCAUUUACCAAGUCCUUAUUCCCCGCAUCCACUGUAGGAAGAAUAAAAGUCACAUCGUUGAAAUGA